CGCCUUCUUCUUUGCCUCACGGCGCCUGCGCAGCCCGGGAAGUUCUUUCUGGUUCUGAGGUUUGGUCCACGCGGGUGCUUUGCCACUGUACUUGGCAGCGGCUGCAAUGCUCUUCUACUCAUUUUUCAAGUCCCUCGUAGGAAAGGACGUGGUGGUCGAGUUGAAGAAUGACUUGAGUAUAUGUGGGACGCUGCACUCUGUGGAUCAGUACUUGAACAUUAAGCUCACAGACAUCAGUGUGACAGAUCCAGAGAAAUAUCCUCACAUGCUGUCUGUCAAGAACUGCUUCAUUCGCGGCUCCGUCGUCCGUUAUGUCCAGCUGCCGGCUGAUGAGGUCGACACGCAGCUCCUGCAGGACGCCGCACGCAAGGAAGCCCUGCAGCAGAAGCAGUGACGGGCUCUCCUCUUGUCUGCUCUGUGCUCCCCCCCCCAAUCCUGCCUGAGGCAGAGUUGGGGGAUGUAGGAAAGCCAUAACCAGCAUUUUUCUGGAGGGAAUCUGUGUGUGUGCGUGCAUCCAUGUCCAACCAUCCCAAGGGUCCGCCUGUUGGGUGAGAGAAUGUGUGUGCAUGUUGGUAUUUGUGUGUUUUUCUGUGUCCAUAGUGGAGUUAACUAACCUGUUCUCUGUUAAUAUUUCGAAGGUUGUGUACACUCUUCCAUUCUGCUCUUGCAAUCCCCUUGAGACGUUUUGCUCAAUAAUGGGAGUGACUUUUUUUUUUUUUUUUAACUUAGAACCAACUAGCAAUUUUUAUUUCUCUACCAAUACCUUCCAUUCCCCCAUACACUACCGUUCCUUUCAUCUCCAAAAUAUUACUUUGCACUGCGUAGCGGUGGGACAAUUCCCUUUUGGCAGAGGGCGAAUAUUCCCAUUUCACGGUCAAAAUAAGCCACCUUCCCUUCUCCAACCUGGGGCCCUCGAAAUGUGAUGGACUACAACUUCCGUCAUCCCCAGCCAGCAUGGCCAUUGGUGCCUUCCAGAUGUGUGCCACAAUUGCAAUCGGCUAUGCUAGCUGCAAUGAUGGGGGUUGGAGAAGGCUGCUUUACGAGAAAAAGGGAAAUCAAUUUCACCCCUAAAGGAAGUAUAAGACAGGAGGCUUCUGUACUUUACAGCGGUCACAAGGGAUGGAUUGUUUGCUAGCUUUGUCCAUUAGCUAUCUAAUGGUUUGUCCUGCCCUACACCUUGGGGCUAAUGCUGCUGGGUGUCGGCACGUCUUGGUUUAUUCCCCAACAUGUUAAAUGCAAAUCACGCAUUUGUUGGUAUUCCGGCAGGUGUGUAAGGAACCUGCAAGCUCCCAAGAUCCAGAAGUGCCAGUUUUACUUCUCUUUUGUGAUCUGUAUAAUUCCACCCAGGCUCACCUAAAGGCACGAAGUCUUACCAAUUAUAUCUCUAUGUUCUCUUGAGCUGCCAGAGGGGCCGCUGAGGACAGUUCCCCUUGAAAACGAAGUUCCCGUUCUUCACUGGUUUGAUGCCGCAAGCCCUGUAUUCAUUUAACGUUGUGUUUCCGAUUGUUUUCUUAUCCUUGUAAUUUCUGGUGUGUGUGUGUGUGUGCGCGCGCAUGUCUUUUAAAAAAAAAAGACCGUAAAAGGAUGGAAGAUGGUAAAAGGAUGAAAGAAAUGAUACGUAGAAAUCAUUUCUACUAUGGCAGAAUAAAAGUUUAAAAGAUGUUCGCUGUGGGAUAAUUUCAGCAUUUGUUUUUUUAAAAAUAAAAUCACAGUUUUGCAUAAA